UGCUAGUGUGUUAAACAUGUCUGACUCAGAGGAAGAUAUCUGUGUCAUUUGUUCCAAUGCCAAGGUGGAGCCCAAUAGAAAUUUAUGUACUAACUGUAUUGAUGCUACUUUAAAUAAAAGUCAAUCUGUACAAUGUGAACAAAUUUCACCAAACAGCGAGGGGAGAGUUAUGCCGACUAACUCGCCUCACGCGGCAGUACCUGCAUCUCCCGCCCGGGAGGUGCGUGAUAUUAUGGCGCCUAGUACAUCUGGGCGGCCAUUACAGAUAACAUUACAAGAUAUGGCUACUGUUAUGACUGAAGUUUUGUCUAAAUUACCAGAACUAAGAGGCAAGCGUGAUCACUCUGGGGUGAGAACAGAGUGCGCUGACAAUGCUAGAGCCAUGUCUGAUACUGCGUCACAGCUCGCAGAGCAUGAGGACGGAGAGCUUCAUUCUGUGGGUGACGGUUCUGAUCCAAACAGAUUGGACUCAGAUAUUUCAAAUUUUAAAUUUAAAUUGGAGAACCUCCGUGUAUUACUAGGGGAGGUCUUAGCAGCUCUCAACGAUUGUAACACCGUUGCAAUACCAGAGAAACUGUGCAGGUUGGAUAAAUACUUUGCGGUACCGGCGAGUACUGAAGUUUUUCCUAUACCUAAGAGACUAACUGAAAUUGUUACUAAGGAGUGGGAUAGACCCGGUGUGCCGUUCUCACCCCCUCCAAUAUUUAGAAAGAUGUUUCCAAUAGACGCCACCACUCGGGACUUAUGGCAAACGGUCCCCAAGGUGGAGGGAGCAGUUUCUACUUUAGCUAAGCGUACCACUAUCCCGGUGGAGGAUAGCUGUGCUUUCUCAGAUCCAAUGGAUAAAAAAUUAGAGGGUUACCUUAAGAAAAUGUUUGUUCAACAAGGUUUUAUAUUGCAACCCCUUGCAUGUAUCGCGCCGAUUACGGCUGCGGCAGCAUUUUGGAUUGAGUCGCUGGAAGAGAACCUUAGUUCAUCUACGCUAGACGACAUUACGGACAGGCUUAGAGUCCUUAAACUAGCUAAUUCCUUCAUUUCGGAGGCCGUAGUACAUUUAACAAAACUUACGGCUAAGAACUCAGGAUUCGCCAUACAGGCACGUAGGGCGCUGUGGCUAAAAUCCUGGUCAGCAGAUGUUACUUCUAAGUCCAAAUUACUUAAUAUACCUUUCAAGGGGCAGUCUUUAUUUGGGCCCGGUUUGAAAGAAAUUAUCGCUGACAUUACAGGAGGUAAGGGCCACGCCCUACCCCAAGACAAAGCCAAAGCUAAGGCUAGACAGUCUAAUUUUCGUCCCUUUCGGAAUUUCAAAACAGGAGCAGCAUCAACCUCCACUGCACCAAAACAGGAAGGAGCUGUUGCUCGUUACAGGCAAGGCUGGAAGCCUAACCAGGCCUGGAACAAGAGCAAGCAGGCCAGGAAACCUGCUGCUGCCCCAAAGACAGCAUGAACCGAGAGCCCCCGAUCCGGGACCGGAUCUAGUGGGGGGCAGACUCUCUCUCUUCGCCCAGGCCUGGGCAAGAGAUGUUCAGGAUCCCUGGGCACUAGAGAUCAUAUCUCAGGGAUACCUUCUAGACUUCAAAUUAUCUCCCCCAAGAGGGAGAUUUCAUCUGUCAAGGUUGUCAACAAACCAGAUAAAGAAAGAAGCGUUUCUACGCUGCGUACAAGAUCUGUUAUUAAUGGGAGUGAUCCAUCCGGUUCCGCGGUCGGAACAAGGACAAGGGUUCUACUCAAACCUGUUUGUGGUUCCCAAAAAAGAGGGAACUUUCAGGCCAAUCUUAGAUUUAAAGAUUCUAAACAAAUUCCUAAGAGUUCCAUCGUUCAAAAUGGAAACUAUUCGGACAAUUUUACCCAUGAUCCAAGAGGGUCAGUACAUGACCACUGUGGAUUUAAAGGAUGCUUACCUUCACAUUCCGAUCCACAAAGAUCAUCACCGGUAUCUAAGGUUUGCCUUCUUAGACAGGCACUACCAGUUUGUAGCUCUUCCAUUCGGUUUGGCUACGGCUCCAAGAAUCUUCACAAAGGUUCUGGGUGCCCUUCUGGCGGUACUAAGACCGCGAGGGAUUUCGGUAGCUCCGUACCUAGACGACAUUCUAAUACAAGCUUCAAGCUUUCAAACUGCCAAGUCUCAUACAGAGUUAGUUCUGGCAUUUCUAAGGUCGCAUGGAUGGAAAGUGAACGAAAAGAAGAGUUCUCUCUUUCCUCUCACAAGAGUUCCAUUCUUGGGGACUCUUAUAGAUUCUGUAGAAAUGAAGAUUUACCUGACAGAAGACAGGUUAACAAAGCUUCAAAAUGCAUGCCGUGUCCUUCAUUCCAUUCAACACCCGUCAAUAGCUCAAUGCAUGGAGGUGAUCGGCUUAAUGGUAGCAGCAAUGGACAUAGUACCUUUUGCACGCCUACACCUCAGACCGCUGCAAUUAUGCAUGCUAAGUCAGUGGAAUGGGGAUUACUCAGAUUUGUCCCCUACUCUGAAUCUGAAUCAAGAGACCAGAAAUUCUCUUCUAUGGUGGCUUUAUCGGCCACACCUGUCCAGGGGGAUGCCAUUCAGCAGGCCAGACUGGACAAUUGUAACAACAGACGCCAGCCUACUAGGUUGGGGCGCUGUCUGGAAUUCUCUGAAGGCUCAGGGACUAUGGAAUCAGGAGGAGAGUCUCCUGCCAAUAAACAUUCUGGAAUUGAGAGCGGUUCUCAAUGCCCUUCUGGCUUGGCCCCAGUUAACAACUCGGGGGUUCAUCAGGUU